CCACCACCCCCAGCCCCCCCAGCGCCCCCCCCAAAGCCACGCUGUGCUCGCGUCGUUUCUACCACCAGCAGCAGCAGCGGCAGUGUCAGUCAUUGAAGUGUCUCGGUGGAACAGUCGCUGAGAGUUGCGAGAGGUGAGCAGCAACAGCAGCAAGAAGCAGCAGCAAGAAGCAGCAGCAGCAAGAAGAAGCAGCAGCAACAGCAAGAAGAGAAGCAGCAGCAGCGAGGCUGUGUUAGUCCCGAGUAGUUGCAUUUAGAUGCAGAAGUAGCAGCAGUAGCAGCUGCUGCUGCUGCAUCGACAGUGUCCAGCAGCAACAGCUGAAGCGUUCGAUCGGUGGUCAGUAGUUGAACCCACAUCGACUGCAGGCAGCGGAAGCGGCUUCAUCAUCAUCAGCAGCUGCUCCAUCACCAUCAAGAGGAGCAGCAUCACCAUCAAGAGCAGCAUCCGCAGCUCCAUCACCAUCAAGAGGAGCAGCAUCACCAUCAAGAGGAGCAGCAGCAUCACCAUCAAGAGGAGCAGCAGCUUCAUCACCACCAUCAUCAGCAGCAGCAGCUGCCCUCGCUGCUGCCCCCCCCCCCCCCCCGGGCAGCAUGGCCUACUUCGUGGUGCCUUCGGAGAACGCGGCCGCCGUGGCGCUGGGAGACUUUCGCAAGGCGGAGCAGGAGGUCAUCGGCGGCCUGUGCAGCCUGGGUAACGUGUCGGUGGGCUCCCCCGAGAGCCAGCGCGACACGGAGCGGCGCAUCCGCCGCGAGAUCGCCAACAGCAACGAGCGCCGCCGCAUGCAGAGCAUCAAUGCCGGCUUCCAGUCGCUCAAGACCCUCAUCCCGCACACGGAUGGCGAGAAGCUCAGCAAGGCCGCCAUCCUGCAGCAGACGGCGGAGUACAUCUACUCCCUGGAGCAGGAGAAGACGCGGCUCCUGCAGCAGAACGCUCACCUCAAGCGCCUCGUGCAGGAGUGCGACGGAGGCUCGCCGCUGCGGGCGCGACGCGGCGCGGAGGAGCGCGACGAGGGGAUCGGCUCGCCGGACAUCCUGGAGGAGGACAAGGCGGAGGAGCUGCGACGUGACCUCCUCGAGCUGCGCGCCUCCCUCGACAAGGAGCGGCGCCUGCGUCUCCUCCUGCAGGAGCAGGUGCGCUCAAUGGAGGCUCAGCUGUACCCGGAGAAGCUGAAGGGAAUCGCUCAGCAGCUGCAGAUACAGCCACCCCACCGGGACACGGCGCUACGGAUCGACCCGCAGCAACAGCAGCAGCAGCAGCAACUACAGAUUCACAUUCAGCAACAGCAGCAGCAGCAUAUGCUGCAACAGCAACAGCAGCACAUCCUAGGACACAAGCUACAGCCGCAGCGUUUGUCGGAGCCCCAGCAGCACCCGACAGUGAUUGUUCCGGCACCGCCGCCACACCACGUCACCGUGGUAACCAUGGCGCCGCCCUCCUCCGUCAUCUCCAGCGCCUCCACGUCCCGGCAGAACCUCGACACCAUCGUGCAGGCCAUCCAGCACAUAGAGGGGACGCACGACGGAGGGCGGCCGCUGCACGCCGUGGCGGCCGUGGCGGCAGCGUCGUCGUCGCCGCUGCGGAGGGCCGGCUCCCCCUCGGACGAGGACGGGGACGACGCGGACGAGGGCGCGCGUAGCGAGGUCAUCAUCAAGCGGCUGCGGAGGCACGUGGUGGCGGCCGCGGCGGCCGUGGCGGAGGUAGAGGAGGAAGGUGAAGAGGCGUCGGAUCGUGGCCACGACGGGAGCCGGGUGCCGCACCGGCACGAGGGCCGCGUGGUCGUGGAGAUGAUCGAGCAGGCCUCGUGAUGGCCGCCCCCUCACCCCCCCCCCCUCCCCUCCCACCACCAUCACCGCCGCGCCACGCACGUCGCCGCGCUCCGCGGAAACGGCAAAAGCAGUCGGUGGAGAAAUAAUUGGAGCAAACGAAAGCGGUCAAAAAAAGUGUCGCUAAAACGUGGAAAGCGGACAGAAGCAGUAAUGUGAAGUCUCCAGGGCAGCUCUGAAGUGCUGGAAGGGUCAGAGGGGAGGGGGUGGAGUUGAUGUCGCGCAUCCGUCGUCGAUCCGAGAGCGAAUGGCGGCAGCGUGGCCACGGACAUGAGGUUGCACGACACAAAACACGGGGAAGAAACGUGGCGGUGGCGGGUACGCAGCCCCCCCGCCCUCCACCCCCCCCCCCCCCCCCCACCACGGAAAACGAGUUUGUAUCCCCACCCAAACAUUGUGAUGUCUUGUCGCGCAAAACAAAAAAUAGUUUAAAACCAACCACAACCCCUGAUGAAACCGUGCCCCCCCCCCCCCUGCUCUCCCACCCUCACCUGCACUCACAGGCAGGUGCGAUGCUCAGCUCGGAUGUCUCUUGCGAAAUGAAAGCACUUAGAUUGUUUUUUUUACAAAAAAACACGCGCGGCCUACGGUUGGCGUAGGUUGACGUACAACAAAAAAAGUAAAAAAAAUGUUAUCGAGUUCCUUAGUUUGCAGUCAUUUUGAAGGCUGUAGAGUAGCAGCGUUUGUUGAAGUUAGGUGUAAGUCUUAAUCAUGCCUUGUUAGCUUAUUUUAAUUUUAUUGUUUUAAUUUUUUAUGACAAACUAUAUUUUUGGUAAAAAAAAGAAAGGAAAAUAAGCUGUGCUGUUUUUGAGGCUUAUUUUCGUGGCUAAGCGGUUGCCUGUGUUGAAGCCAGCGCAGGUCUCUUUCAGAUACUUGACGGACAAAAAUUUACUAAUUCGCCGACGUAAGGCUGCAAGCGUGAACGUCGCAAGUCGGAAACGCGUCCGCAUCCAGAAGACUUGGGACAUUUUAGAUUUUCAAAUCCCGGUCUCUGAUUGGGUGGUCUCUUAAUCUCUACAUUAACUGGCUUAAUCCACAAAAGGUACAAUCCAACGUUUGACCUUCAGCCGCUGAGGUUUGACCUUUUUAAACUUGGCCUAGGCAGGAGCAGCAACCGGCUCGUCACCCGGAAGGCAAACCAGUGGCAGUGGUGUCAAGCAAACAGUUAAAACGAAACAAAUGAAAAGGGACUGUAGUUGCUCUUAAGGUGCGCGAGCGGCAGGCGUGUUGUGUGCGUGUCAGCGCGAGUGCUCUGUGCCUUUGAACUCUGACAUGAAGUGGAAUUGAGGGGGGGGGGGGGGGGAGGGGUUUAGGCCGGCACUGGGCAGCGAGCAGUGGAGCGGGGGGGGGUCGGCUAUAGUGUAUAUUUUCUUCUGUGUUUCCGGCGCCGUGCGCGACUUCGCACACGGUUGUGAGCACCGCCGGAUUGGUGCUACACACAUAGGGGCGCGAGGGUGGUUGGGGUUGGGGCCGGGGGUGGGGAAGUGGGGUGCCUGCCUGCCUGCGCGAGCCUGAGUUCUAGGCACGUGUGUUGUGUGUGUUACCUGGGCCGCGGCGUCUACACGCUUGCUCCAGGCGUUACAGGGAACUCUUCGCGCUGCGCAGUUGGGAGUGGGUGGAGACUUUUAAAAAAAUCUUUGUUCUGUGGGCAGCGUUGGGGGUGGGGGGGGUGCCCUCCUACCGGCGAGCCUCGAAUUGAAGCGACCGCAAGGCAGAGAGAGGGACCCGUGCAGGUGACUGGAGUCGACUGAUUCACACUCCAGAGUUCUGGUUUGCAGAAACAGCUCUUCUCUUUCGCAUCGACGUUUCGUCUCCCCGCGGUGUUGUCCGUCAUCUCGCGGUUUCGCGGUUUUAGUAAUACCCAUAGCUGCUGUGCGAAGGGGGGGGGGGGGUGUGGUGAGGUUACAGCCGCUGAACCCCCCCAGCCCAAGCUCGCCGGCGAGAGAGGGUCUCUCAAAAACAAUCACAUGACAACUGUCGUUCUCUAAAUACUGUAUAUUCGUCGAGCGAAGUGAAUUGAUGGCUUACAGCAGGAGCUUCAUGCCCCCCCCCACCCGCCAUCCCCACUCUCUCUUCGUAAACAAACUCAAUUCCCCGAGUCAAUACAGUUUUCCCUCAUUAAUCGCGAGGGAUACGUUCCGGAGAUACUCGCGAAUAGCAAAUGUCACAGAUAUUGCCGUCCAAAUAUGUACGCGCAGUGUCUGCAGAUGCUUCUCAAGCGUCGAGACGUUCUCCAUCUCAUGACUUUAUCUUAUCGCUUUCUCUCAACUCUGUCGAUGCAGUCGUGUAGAGAAUUCCAGAUGCAAUUCGUGUGUAGCAAUGUACUUGGAUAGCGAGGAAAUUCUGUCCACGGCUUGGGGAGGAAGGCAAGCGCUUGUCCCACGGUUGAGCCGAUUCCAGGUGUUGGGUCUCUGAAAGCGCGUGGUCGUACUGGGACGUGGUUGAUUGAAACCUAAACCCGAGCCAGGGUUUCCUCAUCCAAGAAAGAGGACUCGCGCAUCCGCUAACGAGCACAAUAAAAUGUGCAUUAGCGACAUUUUGCUUUGUCGGAAGAUUUAAAAGGGUAGAUACCGUCGUCAGUCUUGGGCGAGUUUCAUCCAAUUAAUGGAAAAUUCGUUUUUGUGAUACCAGCGGCAAAUAUCGUUCGUAAGGGGGGGGGGAGUAGACCGCUGGAAGGUGGUGCACGUGUGUGUACAUUCAAUGAACUCGAUACAAGACCCAGUUAGAGUCCACUCGCUGUCUUGGGAGCUCGGCGACCAUAAUUUACCACCUUAGUUGAAAUCUGGACAUCUCUACCAAGGAGGAGCAUCGCUCCCGCAGUGGAUGUUUCUCUUUGUAACACAACGGUAUAUUCGUUAUUAGUCCUACACUAUUGGGCACCGACUACCAAUUUGGCAGUCUGCACACAUGCUGGCACAGCAUGCCGACAAGAGGCACCACAAACUUCCAGUCCUUUUGAAUGGUCACGUCCGAUUGCCGCAGUGGCAUGGCAUAGGGCCGUGAUCCUGAACGUGGGUCAGGCCAACACACAUUGUCACAUCUUGUCACGUUGCUGUACCGCUGAAAGGUGGAAUGCGCUCACACUUGUCUCAGUCAGGAUGCUGUGCAUGUACAGAACGAUCUCACGGGGCUUGCAAGGUAUCGGCGGCCUCUGCCGCACUUCAGCGAGACUUGGGUAUAUUUCACAAUGACGCGUGCGCGCACACCGGUUUUGUUGUUCCGCCAAUUCUCGCCGGCAGGAGAGAGCGCGUUUUCCUUGCAAAACCAACAGCAGCGCUUGCGAGCCUCCACCCUAUGGGUUUGUCAUCGUCUUUUUAAUAUUAAUCCGAUGGCAGGUAAAGUAAAACCCCCAGCCGGUGUGUUUUUAGGUUUACAUGCAGCAAGUCGAAAUUCAGAGAGCAAAAAAAAAACGAAGGUCGAGGGAUCUCUGUCGUAAUUUUUAACUGUCCAUGGCAAUUACAAUUUGGAUACUUUUGAUCUCCGUGCAUCUUAAAUGCGAGGUCUCGCAUUGGCCGUAUUUGCCCUUGACAACCACCGCUCUUGCCUGGCUCUUGUGUGUUGUGGGAGGGUUUGUUUUUGUGAAUUGCGAUGCGGUUAUGAAACUUCUGCCACUGUCGGGGGUGCGUGCAAGCAGGCGUUCAGUCCCCACGUGUCAUGGCCUUUUAUAUAUUUUUAUUUUUUAAACUUAAGUGUUAUUAACGUUUGAAUGUUAUCGUUAUUCAUGUUAUUAACGGAGGGACACAACUCUCGACUUUCCGUUGAACGUCGCACAGUGAAUCCACUUCGGCUACAGACACAUUCCAGAAGUAAACGACCAGUGCUCGUACAAAAUAUUAAAUUGCGCUUAAAAACUAUUUCGGCGAGGUUUUUACAGUGAGCUCUUACAGGUGUUUCUGCGAUUUUUGGCCUGGUUAAAUUGUUUUGUGGUUUUAAAUCUCACUCGGGUUUCCCCAAAAUCCCUUUAGGCGGUGGUGAGAACGGCGCGUGUAUAAUCCACAGCUCGCGCGGGAGAUUUAAAACGAGCGGAGCGACGCGCCUGGGAUUUGCCCUGCGUUGACGCUCAAUCGGCUCGAGUUGAGUUGCACCCGCCCCCCCCCCCACAGCGCUGCUCUCACUCGCUCGAGCGGGUGCGACACACAGCGCGGUUUCAGUCCGCGCGUCGCAUCAAAACCCCCCCUGGCAACAUUGCCGUUUAAAAAGGGGUUCGCAUUUCCCCGGGUUCUGGGAAGACCUUGGAAGUCCUGGACCGGAUCGCCGGGGAUUCUUUCAGAGUGGAGAACGUGAGAUUGUCCUGGAGCGCGUCGGAGCCGCAGCCUAGGAGGAGGAGGGGUCUCUCCGGUAAAGAGGCCCCAGGGUUUUUGUGAAGAGGCCACGGUGGGCUUGGGAGGGGAGGGUUGGGGGGGUCUAUAUCCGACGGCUGUUCUCAAACCCCAGUCCCUGGUUGUUGUCACCUUUGUGGCCCAGCCUGGCUUUUGGGACCUGUGGGCUGGUUGCAUAAAUCGGCUCAAGUGAACGUUUCUCUUACAAUGACACUGCUCGAGAUAGGAAAGAGACAUUUUUGCUUGGCGGUGGGGGGGGGGGGGGUUAUGCAACCAGCACCUGAAUGUGGGAAAUUAAGUUGGAAGUGCUCCUGUGGUAAAGGACUCCCACUCCCUGCAGGAUGGGGGAAGAGACGACUGCCGUUUGAGAAUAGCUGGUCGUGACAGCUGUUAUCAACUCCGCCGCUAUUGACCCACCCCCACAAAGUUCUGCUUCCCGUGUUCACCAACCUCCAAUCCCAAUGCGGCGGGGAGGUUGGCGGUGCCCAAUGGGCGAACUGCUGGGAUGGUUUAACGGGGUGGGUCCACAGUACUGGGAGUUGGCAACGGCUGCUCUAACAUUACGCUGUACAGACACAGCACUUGCUGAAUGUAGGUUGUGAGUCGGGCAGCAAGGAGGAUAGGGCAUUUAGUCCACGUAUAGUACCUCUUUUUAGUGUGUAUAGAGGAGAGGAUCAGUAAAAUAAUAAACUUUCUUUACAAAA